AUGAGGUGUGAGAGUGCUUACAGGUAUAGAAUACUACCGUUUGAGGUUGAAAGUGCCCUACUGGAGCAUCCAGCAGUCCUAGAGUCAGCAGUAGUUAGCUCCCCUUAUCCAACAGGGGGAUAGGUUGUGAAGGCGUUUGUCACUCUGACGAAGGAUUAUAAGGACAGUGAUCACGAGGCAUUGGUCACUGAACUUCAGGACCAUACUAAAAAUGUCACUGCACCUUACAAAUACCCCCGUAAGAUACAGUUUGUGGAAACAUUACCAAAGACAGUGAGCGGAAAGAUACGUCGUGUGGAACUGCGCAAUCAGGAAUGGGGUCCGCAAACUGCGGAUUAG